AUGUCCAAGUCAGUUAUCAUCCAAUUCGAAUUUGAUGACAGCGAGAAGUUCAUUGAAGAGGGUAUAGACCAAAUUGCACAGCGACGAAAGAAGGGAAAGAGAGAGCGAACAGGAGUCAAAGUGAAUGAUCGAUCUCUGGUUAAAAAACUCCAGGCCAAGGAAGGUGUCAAACGAGUAGAAUUGAUUCGAGUGCAUUGCCACUCAGGCUUUGGUACCACUAUGAUGGCCAUCAAAGCAAUCUACCGAUCCUACAACAAAGACGGCACUGUACGCGAAACUGCUGGGGACAAGCACUAUUUCGAGCAAGGUCAUCUAUCAUUCAAGAGGACGUCGGAGGACACUACCAAGCUAUCUUUUGAACGAGAUGGUAUCAUCGUGAAAGCUAGCAAUCAGCAAGGAAAGAAGGGCAAGGUCAGUCCAAGCAUGAGAAUCUGUUUUCUCAGGUGCUAG